AUGGGUCUUAGUACACUUCUUGAUAUAGGUUUAACUGUCUACGAAGCUUAUGAUGAUGGUCUCUUCGAUGGUUUUCUCGAUCGAGUUGCCGAUCGCUACCCAACACUUUACAAUUUCGAUUCUUUACCGCUUUUUGACCGUCAUCUUCCAACAAUUGGUGGCUUUAACCCUCGGUCAUUGUUGGGCAGUGAAUUUCCAAUGUUUCAGCGAUCACAAUAUGGUCUCUUCUAA